AUGCUCCGUUCCAUAUUCAGCCAUCGUCUCCAAGCCCAUCUCGCUAUUCGCCGCUAUACUAAACCAGCAACAAUGUCAUUAAGGGCAAUUUCGGCCAAGGAUGCCGCUUCGCUUGACAGAGAUCUUAUGGAGACGGGUGGUUGGUCUUUAGAUCAACUAAUGGAGCUUGCGGGGCUCUCUGUCGCGCAAGCUGUGUGGAAGCUUCAACCCCCAAAUGCAGGGGCAAAUAUUCUAGUUAUUUGUGGACCAGGCAACAAUGGGGAUGGCCUAGUAGCGGCUAGACACUUAUCUCACUUUGGCUACAAUCCAUCAGUCUACUACCCCAAAGAAGGCAAAAACGAGCUUUAUCAACGCUUGAAAACCCAACUCCAAAACCUCUCAAUUCCCUUCAUUUCUACCGAAGACUUUUCAACAAGCUUGAAACAAAGUGACCUGCUCGUCGAUGCAAUCUUCGGCUUCUCCUUCGGCGGGCCACUACGCGAGCCUUUCCCCAGCAUUGUCUCGCAGAUUGAAUCUGCCACCAUCCCUGUGUUGAGUGUGGAUGCUCCCAGCUCGUGGGAUAUCCAAGGUGGACCACCAAAGGAGGGUCCGGGUGUGAAGUUUAUGCCCAGUGCACUCAUCAGUCUGUCGGCGCCAAAGCCGUGCGUGGCGUUCUACAAAGGCAGACAUUUUAUUGGGGGCAGGUUCUUGACCAAGGCACUAACCGAUAAAUACGGGCUUGACUUGCCUCAGUACCAGGGCGUUGAUCAGGUUUUGGAGAUUGGGGUCGAUGCCGAGGGCAAGUUGUGA